AUGGAUCAGCUGUUUCGGUCACAGGAGGCAAGAAUGCAAGGACUGGAUCAUCGUAUGGAUCAAUUGGCGCAAGCCCUGCAGACUCUCCUCACACGCACUGAUCCAGUGUCAGGUACCGCUGCACCUCCUGUUAACCCCCAAGUUACCACACCGCCCGCUGCGACUAUACCGUUACGCCUACCAUCUCCACCCCGUUAUGGAGGGGAUCCCACCACCUGUAGAGGUUUCCUCAAUCAAUGUGCGAUCCAGUUUGAGCUGAUGCCUUAUAUGUUCCCGUCUGACCGAGCCCGCGUCGGCUAUAUGAUUUCACUCCUAACAGACCGAGCCCUAGCCUGGGCUUCACCGCUUUGGCAAAAAGAGUCGCCUUUAAUCAAUGACUACCGUGACUUUGUGGCUACCAUGCAAAGAAUCUUCGACAUGCCGGGCCGUGAGGCUACAGCUUCUGCAUCGCUCAUGUCCCUCCAACAAGGCUCCCGUUCCUUAUCGGACUAUGCCAUAGAAUUCAGAACGAUAGCAGCUGAACUUGGUUGGAACAACGAAGCCCUAGUGGCUGCAUUCAUGCAUGGCCUAUCUGAUAAGUUAAAAGAUGAAUUAGCAGCCAGAGAAAUGCCUGAGGACCUAGAGGAUCUAAUAUUAUUCAUAUCACGCAUAGAUCUCCGCCUCAGACAGCGACAAUCACAAAAGGAGAAACAAAGGAAACCCCCUAUACGGCUAGCUCCCCGAUUCUCCAACUCCACACCCCAGAGCCUAGAUCCGGAGGAACCUAUGCAAUUGGGUGCUACCUCCUUAACUGAGCAAGAAAAGUCUCACCGCCGUAGUGAAGGCCUCUGUUUGUACUGCGGAGGUAGGGGACAUUUCGCUAGGUAUUGCCCGAACAAGCCGGGAAACGCCCGCACCUAG